AUGGUCAUUGUCGCAUGCAUUCCGCACAGGCUCAUUGUUGAAAUUCUGAAAAAGGUUCGUGCCAAGUCUCUACUGCGUUUUAGGUGCGUUUCAAAAUCCUUUUGCUCCCGUAUAUCAGACCCCUUAUUCAUUGAAGCACAUCAAAAAAGUUGCGUAGCUCAAUUCCUCGUAGGUUGCCUGGCUUGGACUCCUAAAGAUGUUAUCUAUAAUUUAGGCCAAAGAGAAGAACAUCAAGACUUAGCUUAUCCUAUUCAGUACUUGGAUCAGCCAUGUUUCCGUGAAUUUAACUAUAUGCAAUCUAUCGGUGGCCUAGUUUGUCUAUGGAACAAUGUUGGAGAAGUUGCUAUUUGCAAUCCUUUCAUAAAACAACAUGUCUUUCUUCCUUAUCAACAACCCACGGGAGAACUUUACGGUAUAAUGACUUGUUGCUCCCUAUGUGUUGAUCCCACCACUAAGAAACAUAAAGUAUUCAAGGCACACCUUAGGAAUAAUGAAAGGAGAUACUGGGUUUUUACCAUUGGAGUGGACAAGUUAUGGAGAGAGAUCUCCGGUUGCUCCAAUUUUCUCCCUUCAAAUGGCAACUGUGUUUAUAUUGACGGGGUCAUUUAUUGGGUACAUAUAAAUCGAUGUAACAUAGCUGCAUUCAGUGUUGGAGAUGAAAAGUUCAUUAGAAUGAUUUCAUUCCCCGAUAGAGAAUGGACAUUGAGGUUCUCUGAAGGUACACCAAGAAUAGCAGAAAUAAAGGGACAAGUUGCACUAUUAGGUCCUGUAUAUUUCAAAAAAAGCACAAUUGCUUUAUAUGUUCUCAAUGGUAGUGGUGAAACUGACGAAUGGGUGAAGCAUAUAAUUGAGCUACCAUUAGAAUUAACAAAGACAUGUGGAGGUUGUCUUUGCUCUUUGUUUACCAUCAAUCCUAAGGGAGAGAUUCUAUCACUUCCAGACAAGAAUAGUUCGUCCCUCUUUUUAUAUGAUGCUGGAAGGAAAGAUCAGUGGAAACUAGUUGAGAUACAUGGCAUAUAUGAACGCAAAUUCCUUGUGGAGAUUCAGAUUACUGUAUUGCUAAAUAUUGUGGAGAGUAUUUGGCCCUUGAGAUUGUCUGAAAUGGUAAACUUAAAUGCUAAAGGUCGAGGUUCAUAUGUCCCUUAA